CUGAACUUUGAUGUGCGUAAUGAUGGAGGUGUGAUGCUGAUCAAACGUCUGAACUACAACACGGCCAAAAACUACAACAUUACCAUAAAGGCAGAGGAUAAUGGAGGUUUGAGCAACACGGCAACUGUGCUUAUUGAGGUGACAGACUUUGAUAACAUGAACCCCUAUUUUGACCACGCCCUUUACAAAGCUUUCAUACAGGAGGAACAAACAGGAGCAUUCUCCACAAUUCUGCCAGAUGCCAUAAAAGCUCAAGAUGCCGACACUGGUAUCAACAUGACGGUAGUCUACAGUAUCAGUGCAGUAUCUCCAAGCAAGUACCUGAAUAACUUUGACAUAAAUGAAAACAGUGGGGUCAUCUCUGUUGUGACUGGACUGGACCGAGAAGAGAUAGGGGAAGUCACUAUCAGCGUUAAGACUUUGACCUAA